CGUAAUUUCUCCUCCGGACUACGAUGAGCACCAGCUACCUUCCACAUGUUCUGUACUCCAUGGCUAUCAUGUCACUCUCAGUGCAUCUCGUAUAUCAGAAACACUCAAUGCGUCAGGAGAAAGCACGCGUUACUGGGCAAAUUUCGAUACUGGAAGACGUAGCCGCACAGCUACGCUCGGGGAAGCAUUUGUCGGGGGAGGAACUGCACCGGCUGAAGAAACUUGCAAUGCCGUCGUUAGAGAAGGAGGAGAAGGAGGAGAUUACUUGGAAGGAGGCACUGUUGGGCAAGAAGGAUAUCAAGAUACCGUCAAGGACAGAUGACGAUUCUGAAAAGCCAUAAGCUAACAAAAAAAAGAUGCAAGCGCUGGGCGAUAAUAUAGGUCAAUAUCUCAUUUGGCGCAAUUCCCGACUGCAGCUCUGACCACAGCAGCAACAAAACAAAGGGUUACAAUUUAGCAGAGCGAAUAUGUUCCAGGUAACUCUCAAGGACAUUUGGGCACUGCUGAGGGAUUCCAAAGAGGAAACGAAUUGUUCAGUAGUAGAUUAUCCAUGUAUGCGGGAAAUGCCGAGUCUCUU